CAAUUGUGUUUCACAAAUAAUUCGAAGCAUUUAAAAUUUAUUGUUGCUUUUCGGUAUGGAAGCAAUUGAAGAAAUACUUCCCUUUUUAUCCAUAAAGUCUCGGCUUGAUUUAAAAGCCGUAUCGCUAUCACACGUACUAGGCCUGACUGGAUCGGUAGAUGGUAUAAAACUACUUAUCCAAAAUGAAACCCUCCUGAAGCAUUUGCUGGAUUUAACGGGCGAUGAAUCGGAAUCAGUUGCUAAAGAUGCCGUACUGUGUUUCGUCAAUAUAACAGCUGAAGAGAGUGGUGCGGAAGUAGUAGUAGAUAAGGUGCGAGCGAUUUCUGUGGCCCCAAGGAAACUUCUUUUUUUGCUGACGAACUUCUGCUUCUGUUUUCAGUUUGUAGACCGACUGGUUCCUUUAGCAUAUCAGGCUGUGCUCGAUGAGAAUGGAAAGCUAAGUGAUGCCUGGUGCAUGGUGCUGUGUAAUAUCACUCGCCCGGAGCAUCUAGCAGAACAAGUCGUAACGCACCUGCUCGCGAUAGAGUAUUCUAUCGACAAAUUAACGACUUGUUUCACACGGGUGAACUAUAACAAACAGAAGUGCCACCUCAACUAUCUUGGCCCGCUGUUUAGCAAUGUUUCACAGAGCAACAGUGGCCGCGCGGUCUUCUGCAACCAAACAACUGGGUUAUUGCGGCGCAUACUACCGUUCGUGCAUCACGAGGGAAGUAUCGUUCGCCGUGGCGGAGCUAUCGGGCUGUUGAAAAAUGUGUGCUUUGACUCGACGGUUCACGAGUGGCUACUGAGUGCAGAUAUGGACAUCCUGCCGUUCGUCCUGUUACCAUUGGCGGGACCGGAAGAAUUCGACGACGAAACGAAUGAUAGGCUUCCGGUAGAUUUGCAGUACCUUGGGCCGGACAAAAAGCGUGAAGAGGAUCCGGAUGUUCGAAAAAUGCUUGUGGAAUCGUUGGCCCAACUAUGCGCAACUCGUAAAGGGAGGGAGUAUCUAAGAGACCAUGGUACUUACGAGAUUCUUCGGGAGCUACACAAGUUCGAGUGUACCCCCGAUGGAGAUAAGAACGUUUUAAACGCCGUCGAGAAUGUCGUUGAUAUUUUGAUUCGGACGGAGGAUGAAAUCGGCGAGGACAAUCUGAAGGAAUUGGAAAUUCCCGACGAUGUGAAGAGUAAAAUAGAAACUAUGAACGAUGAUGUGGAAAAAUAGAUAUUUAAACACCGGGGAGCAAAAUUGAUUCAUUGUCUGCUCUUCAAGCGCACCAUAUGCCCGUUAACGAUUUUCAUCGUUAGGGCCAUUUUC